UUGAUCCAGGUUGUAAUGGCAGUGGCGGCUGGUGGCACCAUGUCAAUGGGGCAGUGGAAUCCACUCAAGGUUCUGGUCUGAACUUUCAAAGAGCUAUCCAAGAUUGCUUUUGGGAAACCUUUUCUGAAAUAUGCAAAUGAAGCACCACAGAGAUAUUGAGAGUAAAGACUCUAGUCUCCACCCACAGGCAGGUCAGAGGAAAUUUCCUGCAAAGUCUUUCAUAUAUAUAAAGGGCCAGAGCUAGGUAGUUAGAAUUACACAUCAUUGCAAAUCACAGCAUCCAAGUAACUAAGGAGUAGAUUAUCAAACAAAGAUGGGUAUCAGAUUUUUCUCCUGCCUCGUUCUCCUUUCAUUUCUGUCUGACAAGAUUGUGAUCACAGAAGGCAGAGGACUCAACUUUGGCCAAUGUGAAUUGAGUAGGGUAUCUUUUCCGGAACUAAAGGACUACUUUGGUGUAAUCAGAAAAACUGUGCAAACCCAAGAUAACAGGACUGAUGUGAUACUGCUGAAGGAAAGUGUCUUACAACAAGUUCCGAUAUCAGAAAGCUGUUGUUUACUCCGCCACCUUCUGAGGUUUUAUGUUGAAAGUGUUUUCAGACACUAUGAAGCAACAAGCAACCUGCUGAAAAGGAAAACCAGCACUCUAGCCAAUGCCUUCCUUAGCAUCAAGGCAAAUCUGAGACAGUGUCAUGAUCAAAACAAAUGUUCCUGUGGGGAAGAGUCCCACAGAAGGUUUCAACUUGUGCUGGGUGAAUACGAAAAGCUUGAUCAGAAUACAGUACCAGUCAAAGCUCUGGGAGAGAUGGACCUUCUGUUUGCCUGGAUGGAAGGCUUCAAGAACUAAUCACACGUAACUGAAGUUCUAGAAAAUUAAGAAAUGCAGUAGUUCUUUUUCAUUUCAAUAACUUACACGUAUUUAUAUUUAUUUAUAUUUAUUUGAUAUUUCUUCUUGAAAUGAAAAGCGGUAUAUAAUUUUUAGAUAAUAUUUCUUUUACAAAGGUUUUUUUAAAACUUUUUGUUAGGAAGUUGUCCAGAUCUUGGCUGAUAUAGCAUAAAAGCUACUGGACCAAAACCAGUUUAGCAAAUUUAAGGCAAGUGAAGAUCUGGACCACUUACACUGCAAUGCUAAACCCCAAUCUGUGCUGCUGGAGGGAGUUAAGAUAGGCGGGAGUUAUCUCAUCCUCUGGGCUGUGUCAACCUUCAUUGGCAGGGUAGGCUUCACCAUUGUGAAUGGGGCAUUUUGGGGUGGAGUGCCAGUGGGUUUAGAUGUGCUCAGGGCCAGCAAAAGCUUGGGGAGCGGUCCUUGAAACAGUGUUGAUGAUGGAGCCCCAAUCUAUAGCACCCACCUCUAAUCAGGGCCAAUCCCAGCUGGCUUCUUUGAGGCUUUUGGUGAGGUUUCCAGUGAUGAGCUUCAUGAUGUAUCUUUAUAGUUAAGAGACUACAGAACAAUCCUAAGUGAGGGCGGAGGAGCAACAUGGCAGCUCUACUGCCACAUCCCAAGGCCUGUGGGCUUAUGUUGGCCGAGGCAGAAGGUAAACAGCUAAAGGACCCAGAUCAGGCCCCUCUUGGGGAAAUGGGGCAGUUUUGGAUCCAGCUGAUCUAUUGCCAGCUCUGUUCUACCCUGCCCUAACAAUGACUUGUUUGGGGCUCUAUACUUGCUGCCGCCAACAGGAAUACUGCUCGAUGUAGCUUUUCACACACCACACAUUCUGCAAGUGUAGUAGCAGAGCCGCCUUCCCAGUUGGUGGAGACUGGCAGACAAGAACCUCCACCAUAUCCUAAUCCUCUUCAGCAUCAAAGAUCAGGGGCUUCGAAUUGCUUUCCUUGUAAUUUUGAAAUUUCAUAAAGCAUUAAUACUUCAGAAUGGGGAGGCACUGUUGAGCCUCCAUCAGUCUUACAAGAAGAAUGACUGUUACCCAUUACUUGACCCUGUAACAAAAU